AAGGAAUCAAUCUUUCGAGUCCGUCCGAAAGAGAUGUCGCACCCAAUUCCGGUUGAUAUUAUUUCCGAUUCCGAUCAGGAAUCCGGCGACAACCGCCGUCAGGAUCUUGGAGACGACCCCAUAGACCUCGUUACUCCGCCGCGGUUUACGCUUUGUAAGAAGAAAGUAAAGUCACAGGUGGUGUUAAACCCUUGUGACUCAACGGUGUUCGUUAUCGAUGAUGACCCCACGCCAUGUAAGCGAAGUAAGUCUUCAGAAGGUUCUAAAUGCUCCGCCACUCCUUCAUUCGUCGCCGAGACGCCGUUCUCCGAUGCCUCCACUGCCGGAUGUUCCAGAGGGAAGUUUUCGUCUUCUGGUGAUGGAUCAGCUACUCAGAAACUUGUAGUACCUGACACUCCUAUGUCUGAAACUUUGAAACCUGAAGUUUCAAUCACCAGGCAUACUGAAGGAGCCUCCAAUUGUGAUCCUUCGUGUUCUUUGAUUUCAGAACCCAAUUGUGUGGGUGAUUUUAAUGAAAUCAAUGGAUUGAUAAGCGUGGAGUCAGAUGAUGGGUCUGAAGGUAUUGAUGAACUUGGAGAUCCAAAGUAUAAUGAGACCGGAGUACAUGACAAUUUGAUGGAUGAGUCGGAAUUUAACUCCAGAUUCACAUACAAUUCAAUAGAUAACUCCAGAAAUUCUUUGGGAUGCAACCAAUUUGAUAAUGAAGCUAAUGACUUGGAGCCUAUGGACCAAAUCUUGAAACAACAAGAUAGUGAUGGAUGCCUCUUGAAGGAUGAGAAGAAAGCAAAUGAAUCUAAAAAACCAAAGAGAAUAUCUAAGGAGAUGAAAAUUCGCUUGAUGGAAGAAAAGAAACAACUGAAAGAACAAGAGAAGUUGUCUAAAGCUGCUACAAAGGCGCAAGCCGCCGAGAUGAAAAAAUUGAAGAAGGAAAUGCAGAAGUGGGAAAAGGGGAAGUAUGCUUUAAAAUCUAUAGUGGCUGAAAUUGACAAGAAAGUUAUUGAAAUGGGGUCAAUUGGAGGACAUCUACUGACAAGGUUUGCAGAAAAGGGACUAACAUAUAAAGUAACAACAAAUCCAGUAGAAAGAACUAUUGUAUGGACCAUGGUCAUUCCUGAAGAAAUGUCUGAGAUUGCAUCGGAACAAAUUAAGAUUUCUUAUGUUUUAGUUGUAUAUGAGGCUGAAGAGUUCUGUAACCUAGUUGUGAAUGAAUCUCUUGUGGAGCACAUUCAUAACGUCCGGUAUCAUUAUCCUCAUCACACUAUAUGCUACCUCACUAAUAGGCUCAUGGCCUACAUCAAUAAAAUGGAACAAGCAAGGUAUAAGAACCCUGCAAACCAUGCUGGUUGGCAGCGCCCUCCGAUAGAAGAGGUUUUAGCAAAAUUAGCCACUCAUUUUUUCAAAGUACAUACAAGACAAUGUGUUGAUGAAGCAGAAUUGGCGGAACAUGUGGUCGGACUUACUAGCAGCCUUGCUUCUUGCCACUUUAGGAAAAAAUUGACGCGGCUAUCAGUCUGUGCAAAUGGGUUGAUUAUUCCAAAAGACUGCGUCGACAAGAAUUUAAUUAAGAAGAACUUAUGGCUAAGGGCAUUGGUAGCUAUCCCAAAAGUGCAACCACGGUUUGCUAUAUCUGUAUGGAAGAAAUACCCAACCAUGAAGUCUCUUUUGAGUGUUUACAUGGAUCCAACUAAAUCAGUGCAUGAGAAAGAAUUCCUGCUGAAGGACCUGAGCACAGAAGGGUUGGUUGGUGAGGACAGGCGAGUGGGGGAGGUAUGUUCCAAGAGAAUCUACAGAAUAGUGAUGGCUCAGUGUGGGAACACCAACACAGAUGAUGUUGAGAAUGGAGCUGAUUUCUUCUUCACACAUCACCAAUCCCAAUCCCAAUCCCAAUCCCAAUAGAUCACAGACCAUCACAGCCCUCUCUCUCUCUCUCCUCUCUAGAUAUAUAUAUAUAUAUAUAUGUAUGUAUGUAUGUAUCUUUGUCAGGGUGUGGUGUUGUUGAUCUGGAAAAAGCUUUGAGGUCCCAUUGUUGUGUCUGAAAUCAAGAGGACACAGAUGAACCACUGUGCUGUCUUAUUCACAACUCAAUUUGUGGCUCGUCAAAGAUUCUUACGUCUCUCUCUCUUGCUUCUGUGUAUGGGAAUUUGAAGCCAUGAAAGCUUUUCUUUUAUCACAUUGAUGUUAAAGCAGCAAUACAGUAAUACCACUAAUUCCA